CUCGCCUUCCAGUGAAGCCGCGCAGCUACGCGGGCCCAACUCUUCCAAUGCGAGCCUGGCGUUCUCCGAAUUUCAGCCCAUCUAACCUGUAAGCCAUAGACAUCUUGGACAAUUUUAAUCAAUAACGAAGUAUACCUUUAAGAAGCAGUGGAUUAUUUUGGAAGAGCCGGAAGACUUACCAUGAGUUUAAACACUUCAAGUAAUGCCACUGGUGAUACCCAAAGGUUGAAGAAUGCCUCAUCUGAUACAAAACAAAUGCUUAAAAGUGAAACAGACUUGGAUGUUACUGCUGAUCUCAGAAAGAAGCUCCAUCGGGCGAAGAAAGAAAAAUUAGAAAUAACAACUAAGCACAACGCAGAGUUGGCAAGCUAUGAGAGCCAGAUUGCCAAGCUACGAUCCGAGGUUGAAAAAGGAGAGGCAUUGCGACAAAGUCUGGAAUAUGACCUGGCUGUUGCUAGAAAGGAAGCUGGUCUUGGAAGACGGGCUGCUGAAGAAAGAUUGGCUGAGGCACAUAGGAUCCAAGAAAAACUGUGCGCUCAGAAUACGGAACUUCAAGGAAGGGCAAAUGAGAUUGAGAAUGCAUUUCAGACUUCCCAACAGAACUGGAAAGACGAAUGCAGAAGAUUUGAAUGUGAUUUGGAGGAAAGAGAUAAUAUAAUUCAGAAUUGCAAUCGAGAAUAUGAUUUACUUAUGAAAGAAAAAAGCAGACUGGAGAAAACUCUACAGGAAGCGUUGGAAAAACAUCAGCAGGAGAAGAAUGAGAUGGAGUCUCAUAUCAGGGAGACAGCAUUGGAGGAGUUUAGAUUACAAGCAGAGCAAUGGGAAGCAGAAAGAAGAGAGUUACAAUUUAUAGUACAGGAGCAAGACAGUGCUGUACAAAAUAUGCACAAGAAAGUAGAAAAAUUAGAAGCUGAACACAUGGAGUGCUCUGACCUUUUACGGAGACAAACAAGUGAACUUGAAUUUAGCACUCAGCGAGAGGAACAUCUUAGAAAAGAAUUUGAGGCAACUACUCUACGAAUGAGGAAAUUAGAGGAAAAUAUUGAAGCGGAAAGAGCAGCACAUUUGGAAUCGAAAUUUAAUUCUGAAAUUAUUCAGUUACGGAUUCGAGACCUUGAAGGAGCUUUGCAGGUAGAAAAGGCCAGCCAAGCAGAAGCUGUUGCUGAUUUGGAAAUGAUCAAGAAUGAAUUCAAAGAAGUUGAAAGUGCAUAUGAGCGAGAAAAGCAUAAUGCACAAGAGAGCUUUGCAAAACUAAAUUUAUUAGAAAGAGAGUAUUUCUCCAAAAACAAGAAACUGAAUGAAGAGAUUGAGGAACAGAAGAAAGUAAUUAUAGACCUUUCAAAGAGACUCCAGUAUAAUGAAAAAAGUUGCAGUGAAUUACAGGAAGAACUCGUAAUGGUAAGGAUAAAAAAGAAAACCCUAUG